AUGCGGCUUUUAAACACGUCGACCCUUCAGCUGGAGGUCUUCAUCGGCACGGAUGUGCCACCCUACACAGUCCUCUCACACCGGUGGGAGGAUGAAGAGGUCACGCUCGAGCACAUGAAGACAGGUGCAGCCGGCCAGAUGAAGGGCUUCGCCAAGAUCGAGAGCAGCGCCCACCGCGCGCGGGAAGACGGAUGCCCGUACAUCUGGAUCGACACGUGCUGCAUCGACAAGUCCAGCAGCGCGGAGCUCUCCGAGGCCAUCAACUCUAUGUUCGCGUGGUACCGGGCCGCGCAGCGCUGCAUCGUCUACCUCUCCGACGUGCGCACCCUCGCCGACUUGCCCCGCAGCGCGUGGUUCACGCGCGGCUGGACCCUGCAGGAGCUCAUCGCCCCGCGCGACGUCGUGUUCCUGAACCGCGAGUGGCGCGUCCUCGGCGACAAGACGGGCCUGAGGCGGCAGCUGCGCGACAUUACGCGCAUCGCCGACGCCGUGCUCGCGGGACGUGGCGAUGAAGAAGGGCCGCCGCUGGACCUCGCCGCCGUGCCGGCCUGCAAUAAGCUCGCCUGGGCGGCGGGCCGGCGCACGACGCGCCCCGAGGACGAGGCCUACUGCCUGCUCGGGCUGCUGGGCGUGGCGAUGCCGCUGCUGUACGGCGAGGGUGCGGAGAGGGCGUUUCGGCGCGUGAUGGAGGCGUACGUGCGCGAGUACCCGGAUGAUGAGACGGUGCUGGCGUGGACGGCGGAGCCGGAGGACGCGGAUGCACGGGGGUCGCCGUACUGGCCGCUGCUGGCGUCGUCGCCGCGCUUCUUCCGCCGGUCGGGAGGUUACACGGUGCCGCGGUUCAGGGCGUGGAGGAAGGGCGGCGGCCGGGCGGUGGACGUUACCGGAGGGGGUGUGAGAGCGGCGCUCACGGUGCAGCCGCUUGGACAGGAUGCGAUACAGCGGCCGGGGGCGGACAGCGAUGGAGGCGAUGCCGGUGUGCAGACGCUGUUCCUGGCGGCGCUCAACUGCUCUUACGUCGAGGACGAGCACGAGACGGACGGCUUCAGCGGGUGCUUCACCGUCACGCUGCAGCGCCUGUCCGACUUCGAGGAGGACCAGUUCGCGCGCGUGCGGCCCGACGCCAUCAUUCCCGUGGGCGAGCCGUCGGGUACGGCGUGGCCGGCGGCGGGAACCACUUCCUCCUCGUCGCGAGAUGCUCACGGCGGCGGCGGUGGCGCGCGCGUGGCCGAGGUGUUUGUGCGGACGAGGCCUCGCGCAGGCGACCCCGUGGCUGGGUUCUGCGCGCGCAACGACGGCGGUGCGGCUGCGCGGCUGGGGUUCACGUUCAUGGCGGGUUCGAACCGCGGGCCCGUGGCUAUGCCGGGGAGUAUCAACGUGGAGUUCCGGCCCGCGACAAUGACGACAUUAACCGCCGAUAACGACGGCGACGGCGGCGGAGACACAGACGACCAACUGCCGCCGCAGUUCUGCUUCCUAGACGUAGCCGCUGCAGAAAACCGCCUCGCCGAGAGGGGCUGCUUCGACGUGCAGAACCUCACACGCCGUCGCGUCGUCGGCUGCCUGCGCGUACGCCUGCGCGCCUCCCUCGACGGCAACCCGCCGCGGGCCAUCGUGCCGCUGCGGAGCUAUAGGGACCCGUGGCUGGUGGUUGGGCUGGAGCCGUUGCCGGUGAACCAGCUCGGGACGGCGCCGGGCUACGUGCGGCCGUGGUAUGAGUUCUCUGAGAGGUGCUGCGGCGAUGACGAUGCGUUGGCGGAGCUGGAGCUGGAGGAGCGGAAAGGGGCUGAGGACGGGAACAGGGACGGGGAUGGUGUGCUUAGGAAGACGCACGUGGCGCCGGGGGGAAAGAAGGUGAGGGUGCGGUUUGUGCCGGCGACGUACAAGUUUAGGACGUACUACGAGGUGCAGCUGGUGGUAGAUGACGAGUGA